AUGCUCGGCAUCGAAGACUAUGGCAGCGAUAGUGAUACUGCCCCGGAUACCACAAAUGCACCCUCUACCAGCGCCUCUGCUCCCAAAACAGCCCCCAAACCAACGGUCAAACCCCAGCGGCCUCCCAAAAAGAUCACAAUUGCGCUUCCAACUAUGUCAGCUUCCAAGGACGAUGACGCCAAAGAGUCCGAGGAUAAUGACAGACCAGUAAAGAAGCGAAAGACUGGCGCUGGGAGUUCAUCUCUACUAUCAAUGCUUCCUACUCCGAAACAGAGCAAUCCCGUACCUCAAGCGCAACCUCGCGUGCUUGGUGGAGGUUCAGGUAAAGCUUUGAAUUUCAACGCUACUGCCCGCACUUCCGACGCCGAAUCUACCGAUGCUAAUCUUGAACAAGAGGCCUAUACAUCUAGUAGGGUAGAGCAACCCGAAGAGGACACCUCAUCUGCUUCUGUCCUCUUCAGACCGACUUCAGUAGCAAAAGGGAGAAAAAAUAUCUCAGUGGAAGAAACGAGCCUCGCCCAAAUUAAAUUCAAACCAGCUACAUCGGCUCCUGCUGUUGACUUUUUCUCUUUGGGGUCGUCAAAAUCCGUCAACUCUGCGCCCCAGGUGGCAUCGUCAUCGUCCGUCCAGACCACGAUAUCAUCUGCGCCUGCAUUACCCACAUUCGAGAUACCUGAGCCAACACCGACUGAUCAAUAUCCUGGGUACUACCAGCUGCCUUCUGGUCAAUGGGCUGCACAUGAUCCUGAGUACUACGACAAAUUCGUGAAAAAGUGGCAGAAGGAAUACAAUGACUAUGUUCGUGCGUUAGAGAAAGGCACAAUCAAAGGUUUCGAAGGACUCCAAGAUGCUGCUGUAGAAGAGGUUGAUGCUUUAAAAGAGAUGGAAAAGGCAAAGAAGGAGAUCCAAGAAAGAGAAGAGAAAAAGGCAAUUACACAAGGAGCUGGAGGAGUCCCUGUUGCCCCAAAGAUGAACAUCAAUGCAAGCAAGACCAGUGGAAUAGCAAGGUCGCGUCAUCAACUUUCAACGCUCUUGAAAGAAGCGUACGAAAACAGAGAAGCCCUCGAGGAGAGAAUAGCUCAAGGAAAACGAAACCGAAAAGAGGCUGGCAACAAAUACGGUAAGUAUCUCAAACGUUAA